ACACACACACCAAGGCAGGGGUCGGACCAGUGCGGUACGUAUCACAACGAAAUUCGACAGAAGAAGUCUGAGUGCAAUCCUGAACGUUCAUAAUCCAAGCACAGCUCGAGAACUGAGGGCUUAGACGUAUCCGACCGUGUUUCAGGAUUGUCAGUUGUUGGCAAUCAUAUGAAAUAUAUAAACGCGCUUCGUCAGUUAACGUUAACCCUUACUGGUGAAUUCCCUUCAGUGCGUUAUUGAGUUUAGACGUCGUAACACACCGGCAGCUGCAUCCACGAUCUAAAAUUAGUGCCUUAACACCGCGUGAGCCAAACAGACGCUUUCGAACAUUAAACACGUGUUCUGGUUAUCGGUUAGUAGUGCUGGAAACGGGGUUUCGUCAAACUCAAAACUUUAUGUUCCAAUCCGCUUACCUAUGCGAGAUCGUAGAAGCACCUUCACCAAAGAAUACAUAAACACUAUUGUUAACCCUUUAGGAACCCGUCCACCAAGACAGAUAGAAAGCCACAUACAUAGAGAACGCGCGGCACUACAAGAGCCCGCUGAAGAAAAAACCCAAAAAACCAUGCUGAUGCCUAGUGCAGGCCUUGGAGGCUCCGCCGACACGGAAACCUUGGUUGGAAGCCUAGGUACGCUAGGUGUUCUUAGUGCCGGAAGCCUAAAUGGUACUUCGGUCCAGAACAAAGACACAACCUGGACUAAACUCUUCGUUGGUGGUCUACCUUAUCACACUACCGAUAAAUCUUUGAGAGAUCAUUUUGCUGUCUAUGGUGAAAUCGAAGAAGCAGUUGUGAUAACAGACAGACAAACUGGGAAAAGCAGGGGAUAUGGAUUUGUGAUAAUGGGAGAUAGAACAUCGGCAGAAAGAGCGUGUAAAGAUCCAAAUCCUAUCAUAGAUGGCAGAAAAGCUAACGUAAAUUUAGCAAUAUUGGGUGCAAAGCCUAGAGGAAAUGUACAGACUGUUCCUUUCGCAGGUUUUCCUUUCCCUGGAAUAAGGACGGGCUACCCAACGCUUUUACCAAGCCAGUAUGGUGUUCCUCCUGGAUAUGUUUACCAAUCCCCUUACUUGACUGCCACUACGCCUGGUAGUUUGAUGCAACUGCCUACGACGCCACUGUCGCAUGCUGCUGCUGUGGCAGCAGCUGCUACAUCACAAUUUUACGAAUACCAAAACGCCGCCGCUGUUGCGGCUGCUGCAGCUGCACCUUACACAGGACAAUACACAAACGGAUUUGAUGCCUACACCCCUUACACUGCUGCAGCAGGAACAGCUAGUUAUAUGCCUUACACUUACGCAACAUUACCUCAAACACCUGGCCUACAGACAGCAACAGCGGGUGCUUUUCCAGCCAUCCCAUAUCAAACAGCAGCCCAAGCUCCAGCUCUACAAGAAGCUAGACUUCAAUAGUGGCAUCUUGUACGGUUAUGAUUAAUUUGUGAAAUAACCGGAAAUCACAAAAACAUACCAAAUAUUCUCAUGACAAAUCAGAUUAUUGUUGAUAGUUCAAGGAAGAAUCGAAAUCAAUGCCCUUUUUUUUUAGAAUAUUUCAGAAUGUACUCAAUUCUACGCAACUUUUAGUUUUUUGUCUAAAAUUCGAUAAAGAAAAAGUGUGGUGAAAUCUUCAAAUAUUUGACUCAGAUUAUUUACGAAUACAGUAAACCUCAAUCUUAUAGAGGCUCGUCUAUCCUGCAUUCUGGCGGAUUUGAUGAUUGGAAAAAUCAAUUUUUUUCCAAUACUGUGAUGAAUUAUGUGCAUGAAUUUUCUUCUGAAGCCAUUUUUUUGUUGACAAAAGAAUUCCACAUUAUUCUUAGUUACCAAGUAUGAGUAAAUUUUUGCUCAAUAAAAAACAGACUCUAAUUGCUCCUACUUUUGCAGAUAGUUUUUGUUGUACUGCAAAAGGAGUGCAAUAAAAUUCUAUAAACAUAGUAAAUUAUGAAUCUAAUAAAUAAAUAAGUCUAGUCUUGUAUAAUAGUACUUAAAAGUUAGUAUUUAGAUCUGUAUUUCUUAGUAUAAAGCAAUAUGGAAUUCUCUCUAGAGUUCUUUUUUCAGUUUUGCGAAACUGAUGAAGUUUCGUUUAUUUAUUUUUCGUAUGAGAAACAGGGAGAAAAUGAAACCAAAAAAUUUCUAGUUAAUUCUGAGAAAUUAGUUGAUGAAUUAUAUUAUUCACGUAAAACAUUAUUUAUUCUUAAUGCCUAUCGUUGUUCCUUCUGGUAAAAAGCAAUGAGAUGAUUUCCAAACUCCUCGCAGUGAUGAAAAUCUUAUCAUUUCUAAAUUCAUCAAUGUUUAUAUAAAAGACUAUUUAAUCGAUUUGAAGCAAAUGAACUAAUGAGGAGGCGCCUUCUGAAUCCUAAGCAUAAAAAUAUCUAGUCACUUAACGGUCUCUAUAAAUUCCGUCCAAUGAAAAUUGUGCCUUUGUAUUUAGUUUUCAUGGUCGUCUUCAUGAAACUAACAUUCAAGAUAUUAUCCCAAAAUUUUUUCAGAAGAUAUUCCGCUGUACAACAGCCAAAAUGCGUACAGUUGAAAAUUUUCUCAGAAAACUAUUUUUCGAACUAAGUAACAACAUUAUGUUUAAUGAAAGGCCUCCAGUACCCUAAAAUAACAAAAAUCGACAAACUAUCGAACAUAGUUGAGAUGUGCUCGACACUUCUGAAAUUUCACAGUCAAAUUUCAACUAAAAAUGAAUUGUGAAUAUUUGAAAUAUUCAGUUCACACCAACUAAAAUAUAACGAGCUUUCGUGGUCAAGAGUGCUGUGACAUUCUACUGAGUUGAAGUUUUGUGUACAAAAGUUAUGCGCAGUAGAUUGGCACAACACACUAGACCACGAAUUUAAAUGAACGCUCGUUAUAUAAUGAAGAAAUCAACGUUUUAUUUUGUUUCUAAUCAAUUUAUCAGAAAGGCACAACUCUCUUCAGUCAGAUUCGACUGGAUCUCUGUUUAUUAAAGUUGUAUAAACACACAUCCUGACUGUUACAAAACAGUCAUUGAAUAGAAAAUGUAGUCAUUAGAAUAAGUGUUUUUUUUUUCAAUAUUACAAUUCUGAAAAAAAAAAUCCCAUUACUGGUGUAAUGUUAAAAACAAACCAGUAUUGUCACUUAAAUAGUGAAUAUUGUUAUUAUUCAAACCUAAAUUAUUUUGUACUUAUACAAUAUAUUCAUAUUGUAUAAUAUGUCAUACAGUUAAAAUAAAUAUUUCUAUAUAAA